AUGGACCCUAUCCCUUAUUUAUUUCAUUCUACUCAAAGCUGUCAAUCGUUUAGCAAUGAAGACGACGAAGGUUGUAAACUACUAGACUCGUUUGCCAUUCUUGUCCAGAUCACACUUGCCUCUACAGCUCUAAUUACUUUAUUCUAUAAACGAUCGCGAGAGAAACCUCAAAGACCGAUGAUAGUCUGGGCAUUGGACGUAGCCAAGCAAUUUGUAGGCGCAGCCGUCAUUCAUUUUCUUAACUUGGCAGUCAGUUACAUUGCUGGGCGGCCCAAAGGCGGCGGGCCCAGAACCAAUUUGUGUGUGUGGUACUUUUUGAAUGUCGCAGUCGACACAACCAUUGGGGUUGUGAUUUUAUGGUUUUGGCUCAAAUCUAUCCAAAGGAUAUUUACUGUGCUGCAUAUCAAGGAUAUCAAGACUGGUCAGUACGGUGCACCACCUCUGAGACAUAUGCUUCUGCCAUGGUUUAAGCAGACAUUUAUUUUUGUCUUGGCUGAAUCGCUCAUGAAGCUCUGUGUCUACUGGAUGUUUCGCUAUUUUCCCUUUUUAUUCUCUUUUGGUGAAUGGGUUUUGAGAUGGACCAAGGGUAAUUACAGAUAUCAAGUUAUCUUUGUCAUGUUAAUAUUCCCUUUGAUCAUGAAUAUUAUCCAGUUCUGGAUCGUAGACACAAUUGUUAAAGUAGCUCCAAAGGACCAGGAAGGUGCCAUUCAAGAUCAACCCAAUAAUGAUCAUGUUGAUAACGAGCGUGAACCUUUACUGCCCAAAUAA